GAUGCGAAAUUUUCUCAAUACCGAUAAAACCCGCCAAGAUAUCCACUGUCACGUCUGCUUCCUUCUUCCCAAACUGUGGUUUGGGAAAGAAAAUUUUGCCCAUUUCAGUCUUUUCUUCUUCUUCUUAAUGAGCUUCGGAUGUCACAAACAAGAUCUUUUAUAUUUGGUUGAAAUUCAGCCUGCUCAUCAACAUAAUCAAAACAUAAAAAAGUAAUUGUUGUAAUUUUUUUUAUUCUCUUUAGGAAUCUCUGGAUCUCCCUUCUCAGCAGAACUGUCAAGGUGCAGCAAUGGCCGGCUAGACAGAAUCCGACAGAAUGAAUUUCUCAGAAAUAACAAAAAUGGUCGUCGAGCGAAUACAGAAACUUGAACGACAAAAUUUCAAGAAAAUCAUGGGGAUUAUUCUGUUAAACGAUCCAACAGAAAUUGAGAUGUUGCAGCUAGCCAAUGGCCCUGAAAGGACAUUGAUCUCCACCAUUGAAGAAGUCAAAACAAUGCUCGGAAACUUACAAAAUUCGCGCUCAGUCUCAUCCCCUCUUGCAUUUCAAAUCCCUCCUGAAUAUUGGAAUCUCCGGACUCCUUCCGAUUUAGGUCAGAACACAGAUUUCGCUCCCCGAACGUACCAAGAUUCGGUCCAAGAAGAAUGCUCCCUUAUCGAACAACCAAACUUCUUUACUUCAGAUGAGAAUUACCACUCAACAAGAAGUAGGAGAUCUCCGAGUCUUCCUGAAUUUCCCACAGGAACAUGCUAUUACUACUAUAGAGGAUACUGCAAACAUGGAGGGAACUGCAGAUAUUUCCAUGGGCCAUCUCAUUCACGGAGUUUCAGCUCGUGCUUGAAUGAGUUGCAGAGUAAGGAUCAUGGCUGCUCUCUCCGGUCUCUUGAGAAGCUGGAAACAGAGAUCACAGAGCUCUUGAGAGCUCGGAGAGGGGUACCCGUUCCGAUCGACUCAUUACCAAGGCUGUAUUAUGAGAAGUAUGGGAAGAAUCUUGAAGCCGACGGGUAUUUCAUUGAGAGCCAAAGGCAUGGGAAGGCUGGAUUCAACUUGACGAAGCUGCUUGCUCGUUUGAAGAACAGUAUCAGACUCAUAGAUAGGCCUCAUGGUCAGCAUUCAGUCAUCUUAGCAGAGGCUGCACCGAAAUAUUUGGACAACAGGAAUGAGAGGAAUGAAGCACGAUUUACAGCCAUGGGUUCUCAUAAGAUUUACCUCACUUUUCCAGCAGAAAGCUCAUUCACAUUAGAAGAUAUUUUCAAUUACUUCAAGCAAUUUGGUCCAGUAAGCGAUGUGAGAAUUCCUUACCAAGAAAAACGAAUGUUUGGGUUUGUCAGCUUUGUUUAUCCAGAGACAGUGAGUGAAAUCUUGAUGAAGCAAGUUCCUCACUAUAUUUGUGGCGAUCGGGUCUUCGUCAAGCCGUACAGGACUCAAGCUGAAAGGAGCAAAUCUGCAACUAAUCAUCCAUCGCACUAUGUUGAUUUUGAUUCAGAGUUUCGACAAGAAGAAUUUCCAUUGGAUGAGCAUUUCUACGAUAACUUCGAAGCUCUAAACAUUCCCUAUCCUACUGACGGCAAGACUAGAAAUACAAGCAAGGGUUAGAGUACUCUGCAGAGGGAUCAAAUUGUGCUCCACGAGAACUCCUUCGCAUAGCCGCCACUAACAAGCACUAAUAUCGACCGUUAUAUAGAGUUUAAGAGAAGCAAAACCACACAAAUCAGAAAGAAAAUAAAGAAGAAAACAGGUCAAAUUAUCAGUAAACAUUCUUCACCAGUCAUAGUUAAUCUUAAACCAGAGUUACAUUUAUGCUAAGAAAUGAACAGAAGUGACUGAUAAUAGUAGACACAGAAGGUAUAUAGCUUAAUAUGUAUAGUUUAAUAUUUAUAACUUCAUAAAUAAAUGCCAAUAUAACCUUUGGGCACUCUUUUCUUCGAGUUAGUUUACUAAUUAC